GUGUCAAAUGCAGAGGACGCCGUGAGUGCAUUAAAGCCAAUGAAGGAUGCAACCAUGCUGAUGUCAGAAGAGCGCAAUCCAACAGUUUCUCUCAUUGCCCCUAUAAAUGCACAACUUCUCCAGAGCAUGACAGACACGAUGGGAGACACACCCAUGAUCCAUGAGAUCAAGAAUUCUAUUAGAACAGAUCUCCAGAAGAGGUACAGCAGUGAGGCCGAGAAGAAGAUCCUUCAUACAGCCUCUGCACUGGAUCCUCGCUUUAAGGGACUGCCUUUCAUCCUCACAGAUGAAGAAAGAUUGGAGAUAUUUAAAGGAGUCACUGAGGAAGCUGCAUCCUUGGAGAUUACAUCAGAUGAGAGUGAGAGGACACAAGAGGAUCAUCAAGUGCCUAGAAGAAAACAAACUCUGGAAGAAGAGGACAGUUCACCCAUCGAAGACAACCAUUCUCCACCAUCUCCUCCCAAAAAGGCCAGAUCGCUGCUCGUGAGUUUGCUGGGACAGUCUUUCACUGACACUGAAGGUACAAUAGAACCCAAAAAGACCCCCUAUGCCAAGGCUGAAGAGGAAAUGGAAAACUAUUGUAAAGCCCCACCUCUGCCUCUCACUGAGGACCCUUUGAACUGGUGGCGUGAGCAUGAGGUCAUAUUUCCCCUCCUUUCUCGGCUGUCAAAGCAAUACUUGUGUAUCCCAGGUACAAGCGUGUCUGCAGAGCGGGUUUUCUCCACUGCAGGAGAUGUGGUAACUGCAAAACGAAGCGCCCUCAAACCAGACCAUGUAGAUCAAUUGGUGUUCUUACAGAAAAAUCUACAUGUUCCCAAAUGCUGAGCAGUGUUU